GAUUUAUUUUGCAAUAACUAUAAUUCAAAUUAAAAAUGGAUAAAGAAAUCCCAUCAUUAAAGGAAGUAUUGGAAUUAAGUUUCCCAGGCUUCGAUUAUAUUUUAAAAGCACGAGCCAAAUACUACGAAAAUAUAAGAAAAGAUAAUCUUUAUUCAAAUUUUGAUUAUUCACUUCAAAUGAUUCACUCAAACAAUAUCAUUUGUAAUAAUGAUGUUAUUUCACUUUUUCUAUCUUUAUUCCCAUAACUACUAAUAGCAUUCAGUCAAUAUCAAUUCACAAAUAAUAGUAAUAACAAUUAUACAGGUUCAGCAAUCAAAUAAAUAAAAUAACUUUUUUUUAUUUUUUUU